AUGUUAACUUCACUGAUUAGACGUUUUUCUAGGGUAUCCUCAGCCAAGCCGAGGCUAAACGAUUUUCAAAACAUAGUACAUGUCAAUGAAGAUGUACGUUUUUAUAAAAGAAAUAAUAAUUUGCCUAACGUUGAAUUUAGCAUCUAUAAUAGCAACAAUAUGGAAACACCGAACUCCUCUUCAACCACAAGAAAUGAGUUUAUUGAGGGCACUAAAAAUAUAAAAAGGGAUGUAAGUGAAUAUAAUUUUAAUGUUGAGCCUGACGAAUACUCCGAAUUCGAUAAAUUUGAAAGUUUGAGGAGUAAUCCCAAGUAUCAAGAUUUGACACACGAAGAGAGGCAAUAUUUACAAGAGUUGGAAGUAAGAUCGAAAUUAAAUGACCCCUUUAACAAAUUGAACGCCAAUAAAGUGAAAGUUGAUCCAGUAAGAGAUGCAAAAGCACUUUUGAAGGACUCUGCUUUAGAGGAAAGCCCCCGGGAUUACACAUCGCAAAUCGAGUUCAUAGGAGAGAAUGAGGAAACAAACUUAAUUGAUAAAAGAUUGGUGGAACAGAAUAAGUUUGAUGAAGUAGUAUCGAGAAUAAGAAAUAAAAUAAGAAUAGAAAAGAAGCAAAACAGUGAAAUAAAUAAGCUGAGGAUACCAAAUGUUAAUGGGAUCGUCGUGGACCCAAUUAAGAAGCACGUGCUGAGAAGAGCCGCCAGGAUAGGAACAAUGUUGCACACACACAUAGAACAGUUAUUCACGUGUAACGACCCGGAAUUCUUAUAUAAAUACCUGAACGGGGCCUCGAUAAGCAUAAAUCACGUGGUGAUGCCCACGAGCAAGUCUACGGUGAUCUGCUACUACAACAUACUGUCGAAGCAUGAUCCCAAGCAGGUCCAAAGGAGUUUGGAUUUGGUGGCCCCAAGGGUCAGGUUUUUGAUAGCAAGGAAGCUGGAACUGGGCUACACACCACCAGUAAGAUUCAUUAAGUACAACAAGAAUGAGUUCGUGAACGUGAAGAGAAGGGCUCAAAUGCUUGAAGCGGCCUUUAACUUGACGCUGGAGGGAACCAAGGAUUAUGACUCCAGUAAUCUCAUAGAAGGCGCCACAGAAGACGAUGUUGAGGAUAAGAUCGUCAUUCGAGACGAUCAGAUUACAAACGAGAUGAAUAAGGAGAUACAAGAUUCCUUCCACCGCAGAUACUGUGGCUACCCAUGA